AUGUUCUCCGCCUACUUGAGGCUGGUAGAGCUAUUAUCUCUACAAGUCACCGACGUGCUGGUCCUAAUUCCAGGCAGCCCCUUCUACGCCGCCCACUUGCGCCGAGCGGGGAGGGGCCAGCCAAGCGAGGUAGGGCUGUGCGACGAGACGCUGCUGCUGGGCUCCUCGGCCCCCCCGCUCCGAGGGCACCUUCUGGUCGCGCGCCGGGUCGCGGCUGCAGGGCCGGCGCUGUUCGACUUCGACUGCCGGAGCUUGAGCGAGAAUUUCAAGGGCGCGGGCAAGAACUGCGUGCCGUCGGCUAGAAGGCCCGACCUGACCUCUAUCAGCUCAGGCCGGGCCAAGGACAGUGGCCGCUGGGGGGGCGACAGGUCGGCGUUGAGGUGCGAGGCUCACGGUGCGCUGCAGCUGCAGGAAAAGCUCGUCUCCGAGGAGACACGGAGCCGAGCUCUCCAUUGCCUGCAGGAUGUAGAGGCAAGGCUUCCGUCAGACACGCCGCAGUCAACCCGCGCCGCGCUCUCUUCAAAGGGGCUUCUCGCGCUCCGCCUCUAG